GCCCCAUUGGGGCAGCGCCAAAUUACGCGGCUGGGCUCGGAACCCACGCCCAGGGCACCGCGCGUCAUCAUGCAGCAUCGCUGCGACGACGCGCGGGCGCCGGCGUGGGCAUGGGUCACAGCCUCCAAGCCUGCCGGUCCCUGCGACCGGUAGGCUUGGCAGGGCUGCCAGCGCGAGGGUGCAAACCACGCGCCGGGUAGGUCCAGUGCCUCAGGCACGGACUCCGGUGGCGUUUGCGCCGAAGCGCGUCCCGUCGGCGCCCGCGUCGACGCCGACGGUCCGCCGCGCGAAAGCGCAGCGCCUGUCGGUAUCGGUGCGCAGCGUCAACGCUGCGUUCGGGCGACGCAUACGAUGGUAUCUCGAUCCCAGCUCGAGCCCGGCCAGUGCUGCCCCGCGCGCUGCGCAUGACGCGGGCGCGGCGACGCAAGCAGCACAAAGUGCUGGAUCGACAACGAUGGGCAAACGAGGCGCCGCGGCGCGAAAGCAGUGGUUGUGCGCACGCGGGCGUGGCCACCGCGCUCCCUACGGUGCCGAAUACGGCGAGUGCCACUCGUUUGGCAGCUGGCAGCAUUUGAACAACAUGUUGGGGCCCGGACUACCGGGCAGCCCCACACCCUGCCCAAAAGUUGCCCCAGCGGUGCUCUAUCACGCGCCGGGCCCACGGACGCCGCAGCCUCGGCAAUCUACGAUUUUUCGCCAUGGGUGUCCGGGGCAAGCCACUAAAAUGGCUUGCUCUUGGACGGUCGGAUUUCCCGGGUCUCAUCUUUGCGCAUGGGCAUUACGCAGUACAGUGAGGUCUCGGCCGUGGACAAGGUAUACCACGUUGUCCGCCGAUAGUAUGCGUCAUUGUACGACAUCUGCGUCUUGUUGCUUUCUUCUUGCCUCAAAUGGAUCCUGUGGUCCUCAGGCUAGUUGAAAACUAUACCAAUGCACUUAGAAUUGUACGCAAGUACGUUCUAGAAUUUUUUCAGCCGCUUGCGGCGCCCCCGAACAACCACAAAACCGCCAAACUACCCAAACGUGCCCAAACGUGGCACUCGCGGGACGCAUGAGACAACGGAGAUUCCAAAAAACCAACAACGAGCUCAAACGGUCACAAUGGGGCCAAGUUAUGGACACCGCGCGAUACCGCGCGCGGAGACGCGGAAACAACAAAAUUGCACCUACGCGGAGACGGCGUCGCUCGCGAACCGUCUGGGACCACGGCGACUCCGGAACACAAAGAAUGAGCUCCAUCGGGGGUGAUUCAGCGGAGUUACGACGGAACGCGGGACAACGAACGCGGGAAACGGAAACAGCCAAAAGGCACCAGACGCGGCGCUGGCGUGACUCGCGGGACGUCGGGGACCACAGCGGCUCCAGAAAACAAAGAACGAGGUAAAACGGAGGCGAUACGGCAGAACGCAGGACAACGAACGCGGACUCGGAAAACGCAUAAAUAACACACUCAAAUAU